AUGGAUGUGGGAAUCCACAGCACUGACUGCGCUCCUAAGGCUCAUGAAAGUGUGGAGGAAACUAGUUGUGCGGGAUCUCGGAAAGGGCCUGAAAAUAUUCUCUCUCUUAGAAGCCAGCCUAGGUUGGAGCUGCUGGCAGUUGGCCUGAGCCGCAGUGAGGCCCAGACGCUGGGGGAGGCAGAAGAAGGCCCACAUGUUGGGGGAGCAGACGUUGUUUUGGAAGUUCCAAGGUGGCAGAUAACAAAGGAUCUGCCUUUGUUAUCUGUGGCAUCGGCGUCGCUCCCGCCCUGGAGCUCUAGGCCCGCGUUUCCCCGCGAGCCGUGGGUCAAGCACCGGCGGCUAAGGGUGUGCGAGGAGCCUCCACCCGUUCUGCGUUGGGCCUGGCGUCGGGGUCGUUGUGUCCUGACAACCACUCGCGUACCCAUUUCCGAGGCAGCAGGUGCAGCCGCUUUAGCCCUGAGCCGGCUCGGCGUCUGUCUGCUGGUCUCUGCUAAAGCCGACCCUUCUCUUCGCGGACCCCACGCCAAGCAGCGACCCGGAGCCGACAGCUGGAGCGCCCGGCAAUGGCGGCCUCGACGGCCUCGCAACGGCCGGUCAAGGGGAUGGAUCCUGAAGGACAAGACCUCUACGACCCCCUCUAUGGUGGCGUCGGCCGAACCGCCCCGCGGGAGUGUCCACGAGGAGCUAAGCAAAAAAUCCCAGAAGUGGGAUGAAAUGAACAUCCUAGCGACAUAUCAUCCAGCAGACAAAGACGAUGGUUUAAUGAAAAUAGAUGAACCAAGCCCUCCUUACCAUAGUAUGAUGGGUGAUGAUGAAGGUGCAUGUAGUGAUACAGAAACCACGAAGCCAUGGCACCAGAUAUCUUGGCUAAAAAAUUGGCUGCUGCUGAAGACUUGGAGCCAAAGUAUCAGGUUCAGGAACAACAAGGCAGUGGAGAGGAGGAUAGUGACCUCUCAUCUGAAGAACGAGAGGAAAAGCGACAAUUUGAAUGAAAAGGAAGCGCCACUACAAUGAAGGACUCAAUAUCAAACUAGCUGGACAAUUUCAAAAGACCUAUAUGAUGAUGAUGGAGAUGAAGAAAUGUUAGAGUCUGCAGGUGGAGAAAGCAUGAAUACGGAAGAAUCAAAUCAAGGAUCUACUGUAAGUGACCAACAGCAAAACAAAUCACGAAGUUCACAGAAGAGAUUUGUUCAACACUGCAAUUGUUUGUUAGAUAUGAACCCAGUUGCUAUAAUACAUUGCUUCUUGUUCUCCACAAAUCAUGACUUAAGUAUCAAAAUGCAUACCAGUUAUUAUAUAUUGCCAGUAAUUAAAUGAUAACCUUAGAGACUGAUUAGACUGAAAUGAA